AUGCCUCCUUCGCUCAAUACCCAUUCCUCCUUUACCCGUCCCCGGACUAGCGACCGCGAUGGCAGGCCCAGCACCCGCGAUCAGGGCCCAGACCAAAACCUGCUGAUCCCUAGUCGAACUUCUUCGCUGCAUUCGCGCAUUACGCAACCUAUUCCUUCAACCCUCAACAUGAAGCCCCAGCAGCGAACACCAAAAACUUUGACCCAUGCGUAUAUGGUCUGCGGUGUUGGCCGCGAACCUUCGCAAUGGGUCAAGGCUCCUACUCCGGCCCAAGGAAAGAUUGGCCACAUGAAGGGUGCCGUUGGUCAGUUUUGGUUGCCCGAGAUUUUGGGCAGCAGCCCUCGCCUUGAGCAAGACAACGAGAUCGCUCGAGCGCUUCACUCUGCCAUGAGGGCUUGUUUCCCCCAUGAUGUUGAGAUUUGCACAGGCCGCAGCCAGCCUCACUGUGUUCACCAUUCCUUUGUUCUCCAGCAGGAUUCCUCUCACACUCUGUACGGUAUAUGUCUGCGAGUUUGGUCGCGAGCAGAUGAGAAGAGGGCCGAGACAAUUCGUGAGCUCCGCAAGAGAACUGAGAGCGACUACUACGACAACCCUGAUGAGACCUACUGGAUUCCUUACUGCUUGUCGUUCCUCUCCCGCUAUCCUCUGUAUAAUCUUUUGGGAGAUUAUCUUCGAGGUAUGUGGAUUCACUGGAACAAGGCUACCAACCUGUUCCACGCCGAGGAGGUUUCCCGCAUUCUUAGCUUCCCUGCUCCUCGCCUGAACGAUUUGGUCCGCAUCGACAUGAAGGACUAUGCUCUCUGCUACCAGUUCCCAUCUUCGCCCACUGGAUUCCAAAACUUCGCCAUGUGGCCUCUGUUCAACUGUUUAUCAAUUCCCAACAUUGUCGGCGUCAUCGAAGCAGCCAUCUCUCCUACGCGUCGAAUCAUCUUUGUCAGCCACUACCCUGCUAUGCUCACCAUGGCUGCCGAGACUGUUCGAUACUGCGUCCGAGUUUAUGAAUGGAGUGGUCUUUACGUCCCCGUUGUUCACGCUCGUCAUGCCAAGGAGUUGGUCCAGGAGCCUGGUCCUUACAUCCUGGGUAUCACCGUCGAGUGCCGCUCUCUCUUCACAGCACCCACCGAUGCUCUGGUCGUCGACCUUGAUCGCAACUUUGUUCUCACAUCUAGCCCUCCUACUGCUCUGAGUCCCGGUCAGCGUAACAAGUUCGUUACCCGACUCACUCAAGCUUUGAACGGUGACGUAACCCCCUCUGGAGUUCCUCAGCAUCUCCGAUCUGCCUACGGUGGUGGCAAGCUUGUCCCUGCUGGCCAAAUUAUUGUGAUGCGCGGAGAGGUCGAGUCUAUCCAGGACCCUGAGUGGUGGAACCAGGACGCCGUUAUGGCUGUCAUGGAUCACGUUUGUGAGAAGCUUGGACGCAACACUGGCAUUAAGGCUGUCUUUGGUGGAUCCGUCAAGAAGCCCCUCAUGACCAAGGUAUCUAUGCGACACCUCAACGAGCUUGUUCGUGAGAGGAACCAGUACUCGCGCGAUGCUCUUGAGGCCUGGCAGGACUUCAUCAAUCUCAAAGGCCGCAUGGACACCGAGCUCAGCAAGGUUAACAAGCGCAACAACUACCUUGUGGAGGAGCUUGAGAGUUGGAAGCAGCAAUUCCUCAAGUUCCAGGCCUUCGCUGAGACCCUUACCAAAGAGACACAAGAUCUCAAGGUCAAGAUCGACACACACAAGAGGGAGAACCGCCGUCUUGCUGGUCUCAUUGAUCAGCAGAAGGAUGACAACGCCCGCCUCUCUGUUCGUCUUACUGGCACUGAGAAGCAGCGUGACGACGCUCUCGAGGCCCUUGUCCUUCAGCAGGAGAUUGCUGAGGAGCUUGAGCGCGAGCGUAAGAGAAACAAGAAGGAGCUCUCUCAGCUUCAGCACACCAACGUGACCAUCAUGCGCCAGCGUGACGAGGCCCGAAGAGUCGUUCUUCACCUUCGCAGUCUCAUUGGCGGCCAAAGCCACCACAUGGAGCAUCUCAUCCAGUCUCUCACCAAGCCUGAUGACCUGGCUCAGGAGAUCGAGGAGGGUUACGAUGAGACUGAGGAGGGCACUCAGUCCAGCGAGCCCAGCCGUCUCACACCCAGCCCCAGCCCUACUACUUCCUCUAGUAGCCGAAGCAAGCGAUAUUCUUCAGCGAGCUUCAACGAUGUGGCUGACCGCCACCUUAAGGACAAGACCGAUGCCAUUGCACACAUUGUGCGCAACAUUGCUGAGCAAUGCCAGGCUGCUGUCGAGGGCCUGCAGCUGGCACAUGAUGCCGAACUAGGGAGUUCUAGUAGAAGGAAUUCGAGGCACUCUACCAUCCAGAGCGAUGACGGCCACUCCGCCGCCACUUCCGAGACCGGGGACGAAUCCCUCCUGGCGCCGCGGUCCGGGAGGGCGUCCAGUAUCCCUCCCACCCCGGAUCUCAUCCCCAACAGGAGCAGCACAGCAAUGUCCUUUGCCUCUACAGCUACUACUCCCGAGCGAUCGUCGCAGCAGUAUAGCCUCCGAGACGAGAUCCCCACAAAGAUUGUCGAGGAUGACGAAGAGGACUUCGAGGAGAAUCGAUCCGACAACGGGACAGUCUCACACGAGACAUCUGUCGUAUCUAAGCAUCAGCUCCAGCACCAACAGUCCCUGAUGCACAGGCCAUCGGGCGCCAGGAUCAGUGCUCUUGGCGGUACACGCUGA